UAUUUCACAACGUAAGAUAACUAAGAUUUUCACUUCCGCUCAAGCAACAACAAAUGUAGGGAACGAGGGGCUACUGUUGCCUUUUAUUGGUCUUUUAAAGAUUCCACAGUGUAUCCUUAUCCACUCAUACAAACUUCUAUUAAACAGGGAUUGAUGCUGCACUCCCCAGGAAGCCUUGUGUGGCGGGUGGUGCGACUACAUGGACAGAGAGUGAGCUGGCGCACCACUAGGAAUGUCCACUCCCGCCACACUGCUUAUCUAGAGUCACUGCAAGUGCUGGGCCUGCCUGAGGGCAGCGACCAGGCUGCUGUGAGGGAAUGCUUCCUUAAACUAGCCAAGAAGCUGCACCCAGACAGUGGGCAUCCUGAGGCCAGUGCUGAACAGUUCCAAGUGGUUGAGAAAGCCUACCGUAGCCUACUGAACAAGUUUAGUGAGGAGCGUGUAGAGCGGCAGUGGUGUGAGGGGGAGUAUGGCCUCUACUACAGACAUAAGAGGGCAGAGGAGCACUAUGAGGAGGAGGAAGAGGAAGAACAGGAUAUCAAGCACACAGCACCCCAACACCGGCAGUACCUCAGCUACGAGGGGAUAGGGAUGGGGACACCCUCACAGCGGCAGAAGCAGUACGCCAGCUACCAAGCCAUGAGGGCAGCAAGCAGUGUGAAUGAGUACAAGGUGAAGAAGAUCUCAGCCGAGUACCCUGAAACAGCCUUACAGCAGAAAGAGAGAGCUGCUGCCAGGAAGAUCAGAACCAGAUAUGGCAUUGACCGCAUGGUGGAUGACAUGAUUCAGGAAGCCAUGGCCAAGGGAGAGUUUGACAACCUGUCCAAUGCUGGUAAACCCCUCAAGGAGCGGCCCAUCAAUCCCUAUGUGGAUACUGUCACACAUCGCAUCAAUGAGGUGCUAAUCAACAAUGGGUAUGCCCCUGAGUGGGUGCUACUGGAGAAAGAGAUCAGAGAGGCACGAGAGGACCUGCGGAAUUCUCUGAAGAUUGUUAGAGAGCAGCUGGGACCCCUUCCCCUCACCAAAGAGGAAGAGAAGAGAUGGUCAGUGUGCCAGGAGCUGCUGCAGCCCAAGAUAACUGCCUUAAACAAGAAAAUUGACAAUUACAACCUACUUGUACCUCUCCUUAAGCAGCAGGUGACCCACUUCCCAAUGCACCGUGAGGCACACAAAAUCCUGACAGAGGGACAGAGCAGGAGCAGAGAGGAGUUGCAGCAAGAAGAGCAGCAACCUAGUGAAGAAAAAGAGAGGCAAAGAAUGUUUUCAUCAGCAUGGAAUAUAUUCAGGUUGUUCAGAAUGUAUAGGUAGUAUUCAUUAAAAACUAUAUUUUAGUGUAUCUAACAAGUGAAUGGAGCCUUUAUAUAGUAUAAAAAUGUGAUACUGGUGGAAAUUAGCAUUAAAAUUAUAUAGCCCACUGA